AUGGCUUCCUCUCAUGGAAAUGUGUAUUCGCCUGAGCAAUUCAUGAACCCGGGACCUGCUCCUCGCCCACCUGUUGACCGUCCGCGUCUCGCGACGACACCGACCAGCUCAAGCGUCGCCACGUCGUUUAGCCAGAUGAGCCUGAACUCGCCAAGCACGCCCACUCUGUCGAUCUUUCCCAAUACCAGCUCCAGCAACGUGUCGACGAAGAGCAGCCAGAACGGUCAAGGCGGUGUCGCCGUCAUCAAGGAGGGAUAUGUGCGGUGCAAGGAAGACAAAUUCUUGGCCGGCUGGAAUCAGCGCUAUCUGGUUUUGCGGGAGCAUCGUCUCGACUUUCUGAAGAAUGAGACGGGCAAGGUGGUCCUGUCCAUUCCACUGUCCACUGUGACGGGCGUCACUCGCUCCGAGGAUACUAAGAUGGCAUUCGAAAUCACUCGCCUUGCCAAUCCGAAGGACGCCAAUUCGAAAGCGGCGAUCAUCAAUCGGGACGUGCCCACCAAAACCAUCACCUGUGAGGUCAAGACCGAUGACGAGAUCUAUGACUGGAUCGACAAGAUCUAUGAGCGCUGUCCAGGAAUGGGCGGGGUCAGCAAUCCGACCAACUUUAGCCAUCGAGUCCACGUCGGCUUCGAUCCCCGGACCGGAGCCUUCGUCGGUCUCCCGGCCGAAUGGGAGAAGCUCUUGACCGCGUCGGCGAUUACCAAGGAGGAUUACAAGAAGAACCCCCAGGCCGUCAUUGAAGUGCUGGAGUUCUACUCGGAUAUCAAGAUGCGCGAGCAGAAUCCUCAAUAUUAUGCGAAUAUGGGCCCGGCCCCGACUGGACCAAACUCCUCCUCUUCACAGCUUGGAUCUGGCAACUCGGUCGCUCCUCCCAGGCCGCCGCCUCCAAGUCCUCACCAACGAUUGGACCCCGGCCCGGCGGCCUCUCAACCUCAGCGCAAGACGUCGGAUGCGGACCGCACGCGGGAGAUUGCCGAGCAGGAGCAACGCCGUCGGAUGGAGGAGGAGGCCCGUCGGAUUCGUGAAGAACAGGAGCGUCGGGAGCAAGAAGAGUACAAUGCAUCCCUUCCCAAGACCCGUGUCCCCAUCGCGAAACAGGAACUGGGAGGUUACGGUGCAUCUGACGAUUCGUCCAUGAACAACCGAUUCAAUCCCAGUCGGCCUGCUCCCCAGGCGCCGAACCGCCAGCAACCUCCGGGCGCGAAGCAGAUCACUGCGCAGCGCCCGGCACCAUCCCCUCCCACUGCCCAGAAAACGGGCGAGUCUGCUACUGGCAACGGGCAGUCGCGGACUCCUGGUUCUCGGAAUGAUCAAAGCCCAGGUUCGCCGGCGAAUGAUCCUCGGUCUCAGACAUCGGCCACUCGUGCCCAGAACAACAAUGGCACAAAGCCGGCGCAACAGGCGCAGGGUCCUCCGCCCGCCCGCCUCCCGGCUCCGGUUCAGCCAGUCAAGCCGUUGAAUAUUGCCAACAAGCAGACGGCGAACAAACAGGCCGUCCCUGAGGCUGUCCGUCAGGCAGAGGCGGCGUUGACAAAGAAGGCUGAACCGCGGCAGAAGGAGGUGCGGAUGUCGAAUAUGACCGAAAAUGAGGUGAUGGAGAAGCUGAGGUCGGUUGUCUCCAAAGAAAACCCUAAUGAUUCGUAUAGCAAGCAGCGUAAGAUUGGACAGGGUGCCUCCGGUUCCGUUUAUGUGGCUCGUAUCAAAGAGAACGCAACGUCGCCCGUGGCACGGGAGCUUUAUCGCCAGUAUGGGCCCCGGGGACAGGUCGCAAUCAAGCAGAUGGACCUCCGUAGUCAGCCCCGCAAGGAGUUGAUAGUCAACGAGAUCAUCGUCAUGAAGGAUAGCCAGCAUGCCAACAUUGUCAACUUCCUCGACUCUUUCUUACAAGAACAGAGUCAGGAGCUGUGGGUGGUGAUGGAGUUCAUGGAGGGUGGUGCUUUGACUGAUGUGAUUGACAACAACCCCGUCAUCCAGGAGGAUCAGAUUGCUACUAUCUGCCUCGAGAACAUUAUUCACCGUGACAUUAAGAGCGACAACGUCUUGCUCGACCGUGUUGGCAAUGUCAAAAUUACCGAUUUUGGCUUCUGCGCUAAGUUGACUGAAUCGAGGAGCAAGCGUGCCACCAUGGUUGGUACUCCCUACUGGAUGGCGCCAGAAGUCGUCAAGCAGAAGGAGUAUGGCCCGAAGGUCGAUUGCUGGUCUCUUGGCAUCAUGGCUAUCGAGAUGAUUGAGUCGGAACCGCCCUAUCUCAACGAGGAGCCUCUCAAGGCGCUGUACCUCAUUGCGACGAACGGCACUCCGCGCCUUAAGAAACCAGAGAAGCUUAGCAAGGAGCUCAAGUCCUUCUUGAGUGUUUGUCUCUGCGUGGAUGUCCGCAGUCGUGCCACUGCGGAAGAGCUUCUGUCCCAUGAAUUUUUGAAGAUGGGAUGCAGCCGCGCCAGUCUGGCGGAGUUGCUCCGCUGGAAGAAGAAUGGUGGGCAGUGA